CUGCCAGACCGAGGAUCAGAAUUUUAGAUUUUAUUUAAUUUUAAUUAAAGAGACACACACUGGUAGAUGCCACAGCCCUGGAGAAUUUUCUGUAGGAGGCAGUGACAUGUAGCAAGCCAGAGAAUGGAGUGAAGUUCUUGGUGUGACAGCCUCAGUCACCUGAACUGGUUAGAUAAUCGGACAGCUAACACGGUUGCCCCUCGUGUUCACAGUUGCUGGACUGAGGCAUGAGCCUCCAGCCGCGUGGCCUGGCCCGGUAGCACGGCGUGGGGCGGAGUGUGUGCCUGCACAUGGUUUGGGCCCUGCGGUGACCAGAGCAGCCCAGGCCGCCGCCAUGGCGAAGUUGUUGGUGGCCAAGAUCCUUUGCAUGGUGGGUGUGUUCUUCCUGAUGCUGCUGGGCUCUCUGGUCCCCGUGAAGAUCAUCGAGACGGACUUUGAGAAGGCCCAUCGCUCGAAAAAGAUCCUCUCUCUCUGCAACACCUUUGGAGGUGGGGUCUUCCUGGCCACCUGCUUCAAUGCUCUGCUGCCUGCCGUGCGGGAGAAGCUCCAGAAGGUCCUGAGCGCCGCACACAUCAGCACAGACUACCCGCUGGCCGAGACGCUGCUGCUGCUGGGCUUCUUCAUGACGGUCUUCCUGGAGCAGCUGGUCCUGACCUUCCGCAAGGAGAAACCGUCCUUCAUCGACCUGGAGACCUUCAACGCCGGCUCGGACGUGGGCAGCGACUCGGAGUACGAGAGCCCCUUCAUGGGGGCCGCGCGGGGCCACGCGCUCUACGUGGAGCCCCACGGCCACGGCCCUGGCCUGAGCGUGCAGGGCCUGGCGCGGCCCAGCCCCGUGCGCCUGCUCAGCCUGGUCUUCGCCCUGGCGGCCCACUCGGUCUUCGAGGGCCUGGCCCUGGGGCUGCAGGAGGAGGGCGAGAAGGUUGUGAGCCUGUUCGUGGGGGUGGCCGUCCACGAGACGCUGGUGGCGGUGGCCCUGGGCAUCAGCAUGGCCAGGAACGCCAUGCCCCUGAGGGACGCAGCCAAGCUGGCAGUGGCCGUGAGUGUCACCAUCCCGCUGGGCGUGAGCGUGGGCCUGGGCAUCGAGAGCAGCCAGAGUGUGUCCGGCAGCGUGGCCUCCGCGCUGCUGCAGGGCCUGGCAGGUGGCACCUUCCUCUUCGUCGCCUUCCUCGAGAUCCUGGCCAAGGAGCUGGAGGAGAAGGGCGAGCGCCUGCUCAAGGUCCUCUUCCUGGUGCUGGGCUACGCCGUCCUGGCCGGCAUGGUCUUCCUCAAGUGGUGAGUGUCCUCGCCCAUCCUCGCCGCUGCAGCCCGGAGUCCCGGCCACACUCAGGCCGCGUCCUGUGAGAGGGGGUGCCAUGGCCCCACUCACCCAGGCACCAGGGGCCUCCGGACCGCUGCGCCCCAGACCCCGCGCCCCGAGCCUCAGGGCACUGCCCCUUUUGGAAAUACUUCUCUUAAAAGUAUUCAGCGAAGCUGCAUGGCCUGUCAACCUCGGACAAUGGGUCUCGCCACUCGAGGGAGGUGGGACUGGGGCGGGCAGCGCCGUCUGCACCACAGGAGGCCUCGGUCUGUCCUGCCCUGUUGCCGAGACCUGACCCCACCGCCUGCCCCCCAGGUCCCAAGAGUGGCCCAAGGUUUAUGAGAGGUUCGAGUCGCUGCGAUGGGGCACGUCGGGUGGUUUCUGAAGGAGCCCCUCAGCGUGGAACCCCCAUUUCACAGCUAGACGGCCCAGGCCCUGCCCCUCCUGCCACGCCACUUUGUGCCCCAGAGCGCGAACGCACCCUGAGCCCUCGGCGCGGCCCCUCCCCCUCUCCUUCUCGUGUGGCCCCUUGGAGCUGGGAGGAGCUGGGACCACCAGGCCGGGUGAGCAGUGCUUGGCCACCAGUGCUCAGCUCCAGACACGCCCAGGGUCUCCAGAGGAAGACAGACCCCACCGGCCACGGGGCAGGCCCCGUGGUGCAAUCGCCCCGCCAGACAUGCCACACCGUGAGACCAGUCACCACCCCGGAGACCGCCGAGUGUGGGCAGGGGAAGCCCUGGGCUCUGGUUCCAUGGCAACCUCCCCUCACCUGGCCCGUCGUCCCGGUAACCCUGGUGGCCUGUCUUGGGACACGGGCAUCAGUGAGACACCCUCCUCCAGGGACCUGGCUCUGCCUGGCUCGAAGCCUCUGGGGCGCAGCUUGAGGGAGCCUGGCGGCAGCCUGGGCCUCUGCCUCUGGCAGCUCUGGCGGGGCCUCCUUGCGCCUGGCGCGCUCUGGCCUCCCUCAUCCGCUCGGCUGGCAUCAAGGCCCAGGAUCCGGAUUCUCGUCCUGUGCUCCGAAGACCAAGCUGCGGGCACCAGUUAAGCCCCCGACAAGGAGGGGCCGCCCUCUGCCGGUGGCCCUGGGCUGGGCAGGGCCUCCCCCGCCACUGCGGCCAAAUGGGGGGUUCCAGGCCCCGAGAAUGACUGGUCUGCUGUCGCCAGCUCAGCCCCUCUGUGCACCUGGUCCAGGAAGAAAUGACCUUUGAGACAGCCCUGGCCCCCUUAGGAGUUGUUAGCAAAUCUCAGGAAAUAAACCAGAGUUCACCCCCAGCUCCUGGGGGUCUGGGA